ACAAGAACACGAAUUCGAAGUAGUUAGAAAGAAAGGGUGCUUUUUCAAUGUAAGAACGGCCCCUAAUUUGUUGUCUCCCCACACACACCCCAUACUUGACAAUCACGUGCUCAUCAUCAACUUAUCAUGUGAUCUUCUUCCCUUCAUCAUCAUACACAAUCACACAUCUCUCUCUCUCCCUGCUUACAAGGGUUGCUUUUGGUCAAUCAGCUCACUCUCAUUGACCCUAUAUUUACAAUCUUUUUCUCCAUUUUUACACACCCUUUUACUGCUUUUACUUAACUUGAUAAUAUAAAGACUCACUGUGUGUUUUGGGUGUGAUUUUGUGUGUUUUUUUGUUGUCUAUGUAAAAUAUAGACAUGGGCUGUUUUCAGUCCAAAACUGUUAAUGUUCAGUCUCCAGACAAAGAACCUGAACCUAAACCAGAUCUGGCAAAUGGGGAUCAACUAGAUCAAGAUCAAGUUCCUGCAUUUAAAGAAUUUGCACUUGCAGACCUUAGGACCGCGACAAAUGGGUUCAGUAAUGAUUUUAUAGUGUCAGAAAGUGGGGAGAAAGCUCCCAAUGUUGUUUAUAGAGGAAAACUUCGGAGCAAUCGUGUUGUUGCCAUUAAACGCUUUUCAAAGCAAUCUUGGCCUGAUCCCCAACAGUUUGUGACAGAAGCAUCUGAAGUUGGCAAGGUUCGACAUAAGAGACUGGUUAAUCUAAUCGGAUAUUGCGCCGAGGGAGAUGAGCGUCUUUUGGUUGCAGAGUUCAUGCCCAAUGAUACCCUCUCAAAGCAUCUAUUUCACUGGGAGAAGCAGCCUCUGCCUUGGGAAAUGCGUGUAAGAGUAGCACACUAUAUAGCCGAAGCCCUUGAUCAUUGCAGUGCUGCGAAUAGGAAAAUCUAUCAUGAUCUUAAUGCAUACAGAGUCCUAUUUGACGAGGAAGGUGAUCCCCGACUAUCCAGCUUCGGACUUAUGAAAAAUAGUAGAGAUGGAAAAAGUUAUAGCACCAAUCUGGCUUAUACUCCACCUGAGUUUAUGCGUACUGGCAGGGUUAUUCCAGAGAGCGUGAUCUACAGUUACGGAACUGUACUGCUAGACCUGUUGAGCGGAAAGCAUAUCCCUCCAAGCCAUGCAUUGGAUUUAAUCAGGGGAAAAAAUGUUCUGUUGCUAGUGGAUUCUUCAUUAGAAGGACAAUAUGCAAAUGAAGAUGCGACUGCAUUGGUUGAACUUGCUUCCCAAUGUCUCAAUUAUGAGGCUAGAGACCGACCUGAAAUCAAGUUUCUUCUAACUGCGGUGGCACCACUUCAAAAGCAGAAAGAGGUAGCAUCUCAUGCUUUGAUGGGUCUGACAAAAACCCCGGCGGUUCUACCAACUAUGCUUUCUCCUCUUGGAAAGGCUUGUGCUAGGAUGGAUCUUACGGCAGUCCAUGAUAUCUUGCUUAAAACUGGUUAUAGAGAUGAAGAAGGGGCAGAAAAUGAGCUCUCAUUCCAAGAAUGGACUCAACAAGUGCAAGAUAUGCUAAAUACAAAGAAGUUUGGAGAUAUUGCAUUUAGGGACAAAGACUUCACAAACGCGGUGGACUAUUAUUCCAAGUUGGUUUCUAUGAUGUCAGUUCCUUCUGGGACAAUUUUUGUAAGGCGAGCUAUCUCCUACUUAAUGCUUGGGCAGCCAGAAUUUGCGUUACGAGAUGCAAUGCAAGCUCAAGUGUGCUUGCCCGAGUGGCCCACUGCCUUCUAUAUGCAGGCACUCGCUCUUUCUAAGCUUGGAAUGGAAACUGAUGCUCAAGAUAUGCUCAACGACGGAGCUGCAUUUGAAGCAAAGAAGCAAAACAGUUGGCGAAACUAGUUCAUACCACUCGCUAGAACCCUGAUCCCCAUCUGGUUAUCCAACACGUGGUUGUCACUUUGCAGCUCAAUUAGUAGAAUCUAGAUGGUGAAAAUUUGGCAGGGUAAUGAAGAACUAAAAUUACACCAACUCCUUUUGUAGACGGUAGUUUCCCGACACAAAUGUAUAUUUCUAUGCAAAUAGGAAAAUUCAGGAGAUGUUAAUGCUAUUUGAUUGGUACCGUUAUCAUAAUCAGUAGUGGAAGUUUCUUUGUGUUUUCAA